AUGUGGUCACACCUUCACCUCAUAUUAGUCUUUGCAAUCUUGGCAAUCCUCUCCGUUCGAGGCUCUAAUGUGAAUGUGUGGAAGCAAUACAACUCACGUCUUCCGGGUGGGGCGGAAAGCGCACCCUCACUAGGCAAGGAAAAUGGUGCCAAAAGUGCUAGAAUUGUUGGUGGAAGAGAUGCCAACAUUGAACAUUUUCCUUACCAACUCUCUUUACGACGUAGCGGAGUUCAUGCCUGUGGAGCUUCCGCCAUCGCUUUACGGUGGGCUUUAUCUGCAGCGCAUUGUACCUAUCCAGUACCACAAAUGAAUGAGAUGAGUUUGCGAGCAGGAAGUGCCAAUCGACUGCUCGGAGGAACUAUCAUUAGCGUCACCCAGAUCAUUAACCAUCCCCGAUUCAGCGAAUACACCAUCGAGUACGAUGUCUGUGUGUUACAAACAGGGACAGACAUGGUGGGCCAGUUCAUUGCCCCGUUAACGCUACCACCAGCAACUAGUGGAUUCGCCCCAGGCACAUAUGGUAACGUUACCGGUUGGGGUCUUCAGACUGUCCCGAACUCGCUACCAAUUCAGCUGCAGGUGGUCGAGAUGGCCCUGAUUGCCGUGGACCAGUGUCGCAGUAGUUGGCCUGCCGAAUGGAUUACGGAAGAAAUGCUUUGCGCUGGUCAACCUGGUCGCGACACGUGUGGCGGUGAUAGUGGAGGUCCGCUAGUCAUUAACGGCUACCAGAUGGGCAUCGCUUCCUGGGGUGUGUCCGAUUGCUCCGGUGGCUUACCAUCGGUGUUUGUCAACACGGCCCAUCCUACCGUUAGAAGCUUCAUCCAACAAUAUUCGGGCGUUUAG